UUCAUUUUAAUAGUUGCGGAUGUCUCCAGCGCAAGCGCUGUCAUCGCAACGUUGUGUUUUCUGCUGGGGUUGCAGCGAGAGCGGCAGAGCCUCAACAAGUUAUGGGCUCGUCUGGAAGCACCAGGAGAGUUACCAUCGUUAACGAAAACUCCCCGGAUGUCAUCAAGAUAUCGGACUCCGUUGUGAAGAGGCUGAAGGGAGAAAGCGACUCGAUUUCAUCCACAGUGGCCCGUCAGACUGCUGCCGGUGCACCGUACGAACCGCGGGCCGCCGCAGGAGACAGCCUCCAGGGCCGAAAGUUCAGCCACGACGAGCUGAAGAAAGUGGACGACGUCUGGCGAGAACGUCUGAAAGAGGUAGAGCGCCAGAACCAGGAGUUGUACAAGCUGGCGACCGACAAAUUCGCCGGUGCCGUUACCCAGGUGGAGGAGCGAUACACCCAACAUAAGUGCACACCCGUGUGCGAGGGGCACCAACAAAAAGUAAUGGAUUGUUACGCGAAGAACCAGCGUGCGCCAUUAAAUUGUUCUAAGCUCGUCGAUGCGUUCACAAAGUGUGUUCACGAGGCGAGGAAAGACAUUGUAGCACAGUAGCAUGCAAGUUAGGCGCGUUUGAUGUCUUCUGGGGGACAUUGAAUCUUGCUUAUAUGAAUUGAUUCGCCUGUUAGAAAAAAAAAAAAUAAAACUAACAUGAUAACCGUUCUGUUGUUUAUGAACUGGCAUGUGGAAUAUUGGUCAGUGAGUGUGGUUGUGCAUCGAGCCACUACUACGAGCAUGUAGCAAAAGUUACGGAGCACCGAACAUAAACUGUGUCUUCAGGAGUAGCUGAGAUGUGAAAGUGUAAUGUUUAUGGUGUUUCUGUCAGAGUAGAUGACUCACUUGCAGAAUAAGGAACCAGCUUACUGAAGCUUAAGUGUAUAGCCAUUAUUUAUUUAUUUGAAAAUACUGCUGGCCACUUGGCCCAAGCAGGAGAGGCAGCACACAUUAAUAAAGACAAUGAUAGCUUGGUACGUGCAAUGGUACAAUAGUCAAAUAUUAGACAAAAAUAUGCUAUGAAUACAACCCAUUGAGAAUGGAACAAAAACAAUAACUGCAUAAUAAUUAAUGACACGCUCUUGUAUAGUCAGUCAAACUCAACAUCAGCAAGAAAAAGCAACCUCAAAUCUAGCAUAAAAUAUGUCCUUCCAGAGACAACAGAAUUCUGCCACAUUAUUACUGAAUCUGAAGUCAAUUCCAACGUGCUAUAGUUCUCAGAAAACAACUUUCAAAAUGUGUUAGUUUUUGAAAAAAUUGGUUGCAAGAAAUGAGUUGAAGUAUUUCUUGUUUGUCUUGCUGCAACAGGAUGAAGGUAUGGAAGAUCAGUUAUAUUCAUGUAACGAGCCAUUAUAUUAUGAAGAAAUUUUACACAAUGGAAUUUCCUUCUCGAAUGCAAAGAAAAAAAUUUUUCUGUUUACAAGUGCAAUUGGGGAAUCUGAUCUUAUAUAUUUAUUACAAAUAAAUGUGGUGACCUUAUGCUGAA